AUGGAGGACCCCACUGCCGACAAUCUACGUCGGAGGCGUGCUGCCCUAGCAGAGAUACCAGCAAGAUUGGACCGUCUCCGCAUGACACCACUUCAACCAGUGUCUGUCAACACUAGGAUGUCACCAGGGAUACCUUCUGGAUAUUUGAGUCCAGCACCCUCUCCAGAAGAACAGCUUAUACAACAAAGGGGUCGUAAGCGUAUACCCGCUAAUUGGUCACCUGAUAUUGAUAUGAAACGUAAUUCAACAUUUCAUUCUGCUGUCAGGACUCCCCCUAGAGAGGGUACAAGUCGCGAUUCCCCCCCCAAACUGGGCGUAACAUUGCGUUCGACACCCCGUAAACGACUAAUGCUAGAUAAUGAACGUGUACCGCUUUCACCAGAGAAAAUUGACUUCAGCGAUCUUAGUACACCGCAGAAAUUCAAGAUCGACAAUAGCCCUGCCAAAGUAACGCCGCCUAUAAAACGUUGUAGACUGGACAAAAUGUUAGAUCCAGAUUACAAAGGACCAAUAGAUACUCCAUUAAAAGGUUUAAGUCCCACUCAACUCAUUAACAUGAUCAAAAGGAUAACAUACAAACAUCCGGAGAUAGAAGAUGAGAUUCGUCAGGAAAUGCCACAACCAGACAUAUCACCAAUGGAAGAACGAUUAAAUUACUUGAAAAAUAACAUAUUCAAAAGCCUACCUACAUCUAGACUGACCUCAAAAACUGAUUCACCAGCAUAUUCAAGGGUUUCCACACAUCUAGCUGCUUUCAAAAAAUGUCUGAUAGAUCAAGGGAAGACAUUAAUCGAGUCCCAGCAUUGGGAAUCGGUGUUGCAGUAUGUUUUUCUAGCUUGGAGUUACGUUAGGGCCACUCCAAUCUGGGAUAACCAGCCACAUAAUGCUUGUAGGAAGCAAUGUUUCAAGGCCCUCUUUAAUUUUUGUGCAACCGCAUUGAAAAAAGGUGCCUUCACUCAAGACGUGUUGAUAGAUAUCCAAGAUAAGCUGCAAUCUAUGGAAUCAGAUAGCGAAGAUAUUAGGUCAAGCAUUAAGUUUGUACAAGGGUUGUUGCAAACUACUUAA